GUUUCCAUCGUACAGAAUCGAUGAGGAGUUUCCACGGAGAGAGAGAGAGAGAAGGCGAAAAUGGGCAAAUACAAUCUGACGGACGGUCAGGUCUCAUCGAUGAAGGAGGCGUUCACGCUCUUCGACUCAGACGGCGACGGAAAGAUCGCUCCGUCGGAGCUCGGGAUCCUCAUGCGGUCCCUCGGAGGCAAUCCGACCCAAGCGCAGCUCAAAUCCGUAAUCGCCUCCGAGAAUCUCUCGUCGCCGUUCGAUUUCGACCGGUUCCUCGAUCUCAUGGCGAAGCACCUGAAGAUGGAGCCGUUCGAUCGCCAGCUCCGCGAUGCGUUCAAGGUUCUCGACAAGGAAGGAACCGGGUUCGUCGCCGUGGCGGAUCUGAGGCAUAUACUCACCAGUAUCGGGGAGAAGCUUGAGCCGAGCGAGUUCGAUGAGUGGAUCCGAGAGGUGGAUGUAGGGUCCGACGGCAAGAUCCGGUACGAGGAUUUCAUCGCCAGAAUGGUGGCCAAGUGAGAUCUAAUCUUCCUUUACCUAGUCGGUUGGAUUUGAAAUCGAAUUCAAAUCGAUCUCUUUGUUUAUUCCUCCGUCGGGUUGAGAGUACUCUAGGGUUUGCUUGGGGAUUUGGUUUGAGAUUUGCUCUGGAUGAUAUUAACUUCAUCUUCAUUUUUAAGUUUGUUUUUUCUCUGUAAGAAAUUGUUAAAUCUCACAUCUUUUACUGCCAUGUUUUUCUUCGGUUUGCAUUUGGAAUUUCGUUCAGGGGGAUGCGAUUU